AUGUCCGAUCCAAGCGCCGAGCUCCAAUCCACCCUCCGCAACCUAUCCAUCGGCGAAAAGGGACCGGUUCCAGACAUCGCCCGCCCAACAACGAAGACAACAGAGCCCAGCACAGAAAGACCAACCACCAAGAAAGCGAAACCCAUCGCAGACUCCUGGGAAGACGAGGCAGAUUCAGCCUCAGCCUCAGCCUCAGAACCAGAAUCGGAAUCGGAAUCAGAUGCCCAACCCCGCGGCGAGGACGGCGUUCUCUCGCCAACUCUCAGCGCAACAGAGGGUCCUCUUGAUCCGCCCCCAACACCUAUAUCCCCACAAACAUCCAAUCCAUGGGCUGCUGCCAGUGCUAGGGCAGCAUCACCUGCGGCAAGGGAUGGACCUGCUCGACGGCCUGAGAAGCAGACUGCUGUUGCGUCGCGGUUGAUUGCUGGUGCGUUGGGGAUUCGGGCGCCGAAGAGGACUGAGGAGCAGAGGGCUUAUGAUCGGUCUGUUAAGGAGCAGGAGAUUCGACGGAAGAAGAAGGAGAAGGAGGAGGAGGCUAAGGCCCAUGAGGAGAAUGAGAAGGCCAAGCUUGCUGUUUGGGAUAGUUGA